AUGAAUGGCCGCAGAAAUGAGAAAAAUCAGCCAACAGUUCCUUCACUGACUGGCUCCACCCAGUCUGAGCUUCCUGCCCCGAACACUUCAGAGGGUGCCAACAUCUUUCUCACUUUGGAUGAAGCAGAAGAACAAGCUCCAACAGCUGCUUUGGAGGAAAAUACAAGAAUUCAAAAGAAGGUCAAGUGCGCAUACGUGCAGCACCUGCUGUGGACCAUGGACGACCCUCUGUUGAACGACCCUCAAUCCUGUGCUGUGAGGAUCGUCCUCGUCGGGAAAACCGGAAGUGGCAAAAGUGCCACAGCCAACACCAUUCUUGGGGAAAACAAAUUUGUUUCAAAAUUGUCUGGCGCCUCUGUAACCCCAAAUUGCCAGAAAGCGUUCCGGAAAUGGAAGGGGGGGGACAUCGUCGUCGUGGACACCCCGGGGCUCUUUGACACCAAGGAGAAGCAGGACACCACCUGCAGGGAGAUCAGCAAGUGUGUCCUCUUCUCCUCCCCCGGCCCUCACGCCUUCAUCCUGGUGCUGCAGCUGGGCCGCUACACAGAGGAAGAGCAGAAAGUCUUUGCCAUGGUCAAGGCUCUCUUUGGGAAGUCGGUCACCAGGCACAUGAUCGUCCUGUUCACUCGCAAAGAAGACUUGGGGGACGGAAGCCUACGUGACUUCAUAGAUGGAGCCGGCGAGAAUCUAAAAAACUUAGUCAGGGAAUGUGGGAACCGCUGCUGUACCUUCAGCAACAUAGCAGGGAAGGAUGAGAAGGAAGCUCAGGUGCAGGAGCUGAUGCAGCUGGUAGAUAAAAUGAUCCUCAGCAGAGGUCACUUCACUGGUAACAUAUACGAGGAUGUAGAGAAAAAGCUGAAACCGGAGUUUGAGGCCCUGACCAAAAAAAUUGAUAGUCAGUUUGAAAGGGAUAUUUCUCUAGUAGGAAAAAAUGGUGCCAGUAUGUCACAGGAAGAAAAGGAGAAAAAAAUAAAAUUGUUAAAAGAGCGACGUGAUGCCCAAAUAAGAAAUACAAGAGAAGAAGCUGAAAAGAAUGUAUUUCAUGAUGUUUUCAGCAUGAUUAGUAAUUUAUUUUCAAAAAUUCAAAACUUAUUUUCUUUUAAGAAGUAA